AUGGUGAAAUCCAAGCCCACGUGGAGGCAAGGCAUCCACAGAAGUCACGCAGACGUGUUGCACAACACACAAGAGGAGGAUUACCUGAACCUCAAGCUUAAACCCACACAUCGUCGAAGUCCUCCCAGACAUGACCAAACUCCUGAGACUGCCUCCUCGGCGCUGCGAGAUUGGGGAGAUACAAUCUCCACGGUUCUGCUGCAGCAGGAGCCCCGAAUGCUGCUCCAGCUAGGAGCCGAGGAGGAAAUCACUCCCAGCCACCCAUUCUCGCCUCCUCCCCGAACAUGCCGCUUGAACGAGAGAGCUCUUUCUGCCUCUCCUAUUGGACCUUGCGGCUCCCCGCGGCUGUUGCGCGACCCCAUGCCCCGGUGUCAGACGCCGCCGCAUGCCCAUCCAUGCCGCCGCAUGCCCCUCCUGCCUAUCCCUCCCGCCCAUCCCGCCGCCCAGGCUCGCCCCUCGCCUCACCCCGCGCCAGGAGGGGAGGCAGGUGAGGGCGGCCGCCCGCCCGCCCGCGCGGCGUUGCGCAUGCGCAGCGCGCUCCCAGGCAUGCUCACUGCCGGGGGCGGGGGGAGCGGGACGCGGUGUGGCGGCGCUGCCCGGCUGCCCUCGGCUCCCCUCGGCUCCCCGCGGCUCCCCGCGCUCGCCUGUUCUCGGCUCGCACCAUGCGGCGGCGGGCGGCCGCCUGCCUCCGGGCGCUCUGCCUCCUGCUCCACCUCCGCGCCGCAGGUGAGCGGGGGCGGCUGCGGCCGGACGGCGGGGCGGGCGGGACGGCGGUGGGGACCCGCUUGCGCCCGGCGGCACCUGUUGUGGCGGGAGGCGGCGGCUGCCCGGGUCCGGCGGCGGCUGCCCGGGUCCGGCGGCGGCUGCCCGGGUCCGGCGGCGGCUGCCCGGGUCCGGACCCCGCCAGCCCCGGAGGCGGCGGGAGCGCCCGUCAGCACCGCGGACAGCGGCGGCCCCGGGCGGGCGAGCCCCGCGCUGCGCGCCCCGCGGAGCGGCCGCGCUUCGGCCCCGGAUCGUGAGGACCUGGCCGGGGGCUACGACAGCGAGGGGAAAUCGGGACUCCCUAUAUGCCUUCUUCUUAUCUUAUUUAUUUAUUUAUUUUUAGAUACUGGCUGCUUUUCUGGAGACAGUGAUCACUUUUUGGCAAUUCAUCAGCGAAAGAGUGGAAAACCUGUGUUUAUUUAUCACCAUGUGGAGAGUGUGGAGAAAAGUCUGGAUACAGACAGCUAUAAGGAUUCCAAACAAAAUUUCCAUUCUGCUUCCCACACCAAAAUAAGCAAGUUGCACCCUGCAAUAAUUCUUAAAUCAGCUUUCCCCAGGUCUGUUUAUGACCCAUCCCUCAAUCUCUUAGCAAUGACUGGUCAAGAUCUGGAAGUAGAGAAUCUUCCCAUUCCUACAAGAAAUGUGAUUAUUGUGACAUUACAAAUGGAUGUAAACAAGCUGAAUAUCACACUGCUUCGGCUAUUUCGCCAAGGAGUGGCAGCAGCACUGGGACUGUUACCUCAGCAGGUUCAUAUCAACAGACUCAUUGCAAAGAAGAACUGUGUGGAACUGUUUGUGUCUCCACUGAACAGUAAGCCAGGAAUUUCUGAGGCACUCCCAUCUGAAGAAGUGCUGCGUUCCCUUAAUAUCAACAUUUUGCAUCAGAGUUUAUCCCAGUUUGGAAUAACAGAGGUCUCCCCUGAGAAAAAUGUUUUGCAAGGCCAGCAUGAAGCAGACAAAAUCUGGAGCAAAGAAGGAUUUUAUGCAGUUGUCAUAUUUCUCAGCAUCUUUGUCAUUCUAGUGACUUGUUUAAUGGUUCUGUACAGAUUAAAGGAGAAGAUCCAGUUGUCACUAAGGCAAGAGAAGGAAAAGAAGCAGGAGAUCCACCUCUCACCACUUCCCCUGCAGACAUCUCAGACUGAGUAUAAGACCACCAACAGCAUGGUGCAGCCUCAACAGGCUCCAAAGGUUAUCAAUGUUGUAGUGGACCCUCAAGGCCAAUGUGUUCCUGAACUCAAACCUCCCCUGUGUGCCAGUCCAUCUCCUUUCAGAAUGAAACCUGUGGGACUCCAGGAAAGACGAGGAUCCAAUGUCUCACUGACUUUGGAUAUGAGCAGCUUGGGAAGUGUUGAACCUUUCGUCACUGUGCCAACCCCGCGAGAAAAAGUAGCGAUGGAAUACCUGCAGUCAGCUGGCCGCGUCCUGACACGGCAGCAGCUUCGAGACACAGUUGCAUGUUCUCAUUUACUUCAAACAGAAUUCAUGGAAAUACCAAUGAAUUUUGUGGAUCCCAAAGAAAUUGACAUCCCGAGUCAUGGAACUAAAAACCGCUAUAAAACAAUUUUGCCAAAUCCUCUAAGCAGAGUGUAUUUGAAACCAAAAAAUCCAUCUGACUCCUUGAGUACCUACAUAAAUGCUAACUACAUUAGGGGAUAUGGAGGUAAAGAGAAGGCUUUCAUUGCAACUCAGGGACCCAUGAUUAAUACCGUGAAUGAUUUCUGGCAGAUGGUUUGGCAAGAAGACAGCCCUGUCAUUGUUAUGAUCACAAAGCUGAAAGAAAAAAAUGAGAAAUGUGUGCUGUAUUGGCCGGAAAAAAGAGGAAUCUAUGGGAAGGUUGAAGUUCUUGUCAACAGUGUGCAAGAGUGCAAAAACUACACUGUCCGUCAGCUUACCGUAAAGCAAGGGAAUCAGUCCCACAGUGUGAAGCACUACUGGUACACAUCCUGGCCGGACCACAAAACCCCUGACAGCGCUCAGCCUCUCCUGCAGCUCAUGCUGGAUGUGGAAGAGGACAGGGCAGAAUCACCGGGCAGAGGGCCUGUCAUUGUGCACUGCAGCGCUGGUAUAGGAAGAACUGGAUGUUUUAUUGCCACAGCCAUUGGUUGUCAGCAGUUAAAGGAAGAGGGAGUUGUAGAUGCAUUGAGCAUUGUCUGCCAGCUACGAGUGGAUCGGGGUGGAAUGGUUCAGACCAGCGAGCAGUAUGAAUUUGUGCACCAUGCACUGAGUCUGUAUGAAAGCAGACUUUCUGCAGAAGCUGUCCAGUGAAGCCGAGGAGGGUAAAACUGAAUGUCAGUCUCUUGAGGUAAUUUAUUUCAUUACCUACCAGCAGCUUCUUCAAGAAGUUUACUGCAGUGAGAAAGACGGCUUUGAGGCCAACUUCUGAAAGGAUUGUGGACGGUUUGGCAAAAGUACAGAGAUUGCUGGACCCUUACUAUAUAUGAAUGUAUUGUGAGCUUCCCAAAAAUGAUUUAUAAAGAAGGUACUGUACUGAAACUGCACAUGGAUUUUGUGUAUGUAUCUAAAGGUGGGUUUAAUUCUGUAAUGCUGAUAUCUGCCAUAUGGAAUGUAUGUGUGUGCUACUGCUGCAGUCAGAUGGACAUUGGGACUUCUACAGAAGAAAUGUUUAACAAGUGUAUAAAAGCUUUGACGUUUGCAAACUGUCUUGUGAAUGGACUGUCAACUGUACUGUAAAGUGCUAUUACUGAUUAUGUGGUGAGCUUGUUUCUUGGCCACAUAACAUUCUUGCUGCUAAAAUUGCAAGUGUUCAACUAUGGAUUAAAAAUAAAAAGGAGAUAAAAAAAUUAAAAGUCUUGUUUUUGAAAAUAUUCAAAAGCAGUUAAUAUUUUAUAUGGAAAUAUAUGUUCUUCAUACUAUUAACUAUUAAAUGUGUAUUUACUGUAGGUCUUACAGAGCAGUUACAGAGCACAAUGUCUAUUAUUCAGUGUGUAUGUAUUUACCCUGUACUGUUGAUUGUCUUAGAAAAUGCUUCUUCUACAGACCUGAAUCCAGUGUAUUUGUAAAUUGUGUAAGUCAUUCUACUUUUAAAAGAAACUUUGUAGCAUAUAUUAAAUGGUAAGGAUUUUAACUAUUUGUCUGUCUUUUAUUAUUACAGAAAUUUUUGCAUAUGUUGUUUAUCUGCUCUAUUUCUUUCAGUAAGAGAUAGAUGCUUUUAGUGAUACUGACUCUUCCAUGACAGGUUAUACAAGAAAGAAAAUGCUGCUAUGACUGUUUCCUUUAUUGUUCAGUAAAAGUUUGUUUUUAAGAGAUAUGCGAAGUUGGCAUUUUUGGCUUACAGCACUGGGAGGUCUGUUUACAGGGUAUAAUGAGUUUUUAAUGCAGUGAUGUUGACUUUGCUUCAUACUGCUAAUAAAUUACCCUUAAUAUAAAA